AUGGGAGAACAACAUUGUUCUAGGUCAAUCGAUGAGAAUGUUUGUCAUUCGGAGUAUUCGGCAAUGAAAUCAAUUCUGUUAACAAAUCCAUCGCAUUCCAUACAAGUGGCUAUAGCUGAGCCAGUACCGAAUACGAAACGAGGUAGAUCUCAAAUACAGGAGUAUAUUGAUUAUAACGGAGGACCUGGUGUGCAGCAUAUGGCACUGAGAUGUACAGAUAUAAUAACGACAAUCCAGAAAAUGCGUCGAAGAGGAGUGGAGUUCUUGACGAUACCGUCCAGUUAUUAUGAUGAACUGGAGCAACGAUUGAGUCAUUCGAAGAUUCAUCUUGAGGAGGACAUUAAGAAAUUACGUGAAUUGAAUAUUCUGGUGGAUUUCGACGAUAACGGUUACCUACUGCAAAUAUUCACGCAACCUAUGCAAGACAGGCCAACUCUUUUCCUGGAGGUCAUUCAACGAAAUAACUUCAACGGAUUCGGUGCCGGUAACUUCAAGGCAUUAUUCGAAGCAGUUGAACGAGAACAAGCCAAACGAGGAACUUUGAUUGUCGACGAUUUGUCGAACGGAUAUUAA